AUGACGAGGCCUCAAAUCAUUCGCGCCGAUACCUUGGACCUCCAAAAUCAUGAUGCCCCAUCAGCGAAAGACCAUACGAAGCAACCCGAGCACCCAGAUCCCCUUGGGGGCGGCCGGCCUGCCCCCCACCAGUCGUCGUCCAUCCGCCAUGCCCAAGAAGAUACGAGAGCGGAGAUUAUGAACGGUCCCGGUACCGCCGGCGCGGACGGGUACGGUGAUGACGACAGAGAGGCGGACGUGGCUGGAAAUGCCGACUACGAUCACGACGAUAGUGACCUGGCGGAUGGUGAAAGUGACGAUCUACUUGACGAUGAUCUCAUGGACAAAAUAUCAAGCUCUCCUUCUAUUGACGAUGAGGACAUUGAUUUCGAAUUCGUCUACGCGCUCCACAAUUUCGUUGCAACUGUCGACGGGCAGGCAAACGCUGCGAAGGGAGAUACUAUGGUGCUUCUCGAUGACAGCAACAGCUAUUGGUGGCUUGUUCGCGUGGUGAAGGAUGGAAGCAUCGGGUACCUGCCUGCUGAACACAUUGAAACGCCCACCGAGCGACUUGCCAGAUUGAACAAACACAGGAAUGUCGAUCUCUCUGCCACGAUGUUAGGCGAUAAUUCAGAGAAGUCCAAGAAUCCUUUGAAGAAAGCCAUGCGCCGACGAAACGCAAAGACUGUCAACUUCGCUGCACCGACGUACAUCGAGGCAUCCGAUGUGGAGUACUCUACAGACGAGGACGACGAGCAUGGCGAUUUCUUUAACGAUGACGAAACCGUGGAAUCCGAAGACGGAGAAGCCCAAGAGCAGAAUGAGGACAUUGUCGUGGAGCCUCUCCGGCCCAAGGGACAGAAGGAGAAGACCACAGAACAGACUGAGGGCACCGAGACUGAAGAAAAGUCUGAGCCCGAGCGAUCAAUCUCGGAACCUCGACGGUCGAGCGAGGACAUCUUUGAUCCAGAAGUGGAACCCGCCGUCAGUAGAUCCAGAAAGGGUACUGUGCGGAAUACCGAUUCUUUCUUCAAGGAUGACACUGCCGAGCCAAAGAAGAUUUCUCUAACGCCGAACCUGCUACGUGAUGAAUCCAACAACAGCAGCAACAACAGCCUCCUUAAUGAGUGGAAGGAUGGCCGUGGAAGCUUUGAAAGCAUCGAAAAGGCAUCUACAUCGCAGGAGAAGACCAAGGACGACAAGAAACGCAAGGACAAGAAACCGGGGAUGCUUAGUGGACUUUUCAAGCGCGGCAAGAAGAGCAAGUCGACCGACGAAGACAUGGACGAGCCCUUGUCCCCAGUCGAAUCCUCAUUCCGUACAUCGCCGAAGACAUCUAUGGAGUCUACCAUGUCCCAGGAGUCUCGGACCAAGCCACAGAGACAGACCAGCAACAGGUUGCAGAAGCAGCCCCCAGCGACCAUGUCCCCUACCUCGCCGACCGAACAGACCAAGGACAUUGAGGCCGCCCUCUCGAAACAGGCUGGCCGAUCAAUCCGAAAGGUUACAACAACACAAGAGGUGGAAAGCUUCGAGGAAGACCAUGGAGCUGUGACAUUGUCGAGCCCCUCAAAGGAGUCGAGCCCUUCAAAGGAGUCUUUUGCAACUCCCAUGGAGUCUCGGGACCCGUUCGCAUCUCCAGAGGAUCGACCACCCAGCGAAGCGCAGUGGAGAGGACCUUAUGGCCCCGACCACGCACCGACCGGCCAACCUUCUGUGACAUCCCCUCCCCAGAGGUUUACACCAACCAUGGACACCGGCUAUCACAACCGGGGAUCAGAAUCCCCCAUCAAUAUUUCCCCAGUGGAUGGCCACAUCCCAAUCAGUGCCCCAGGCCUGACCCCGGACACUACGUACCGAGGCCAAUCUGGGUCGCCGGUCUCCCCACCGUCGUCUCCUGAGACCGAUUCCCACGAUCCUAAGGAGACCGACGCUACUCAAGAUUCCCUUGAUACACUCUCAGUGGACACUCCCACUUGGAGUGAUGCCAGUCUACGAUCAUACAUGGACGAAGAAAACGACAUUCGCGACUUAUUCAUUAUUGUCCAUGACAAAUCCAAUAUUCCCCCGGCCGGUCCCGAACAUCCUGUCACUGGCCGUCUCUUCAAGGAGGAGAGCAAGAGGCUUAAAGAGAUGAACGACCAACUCGACAAUAUGCUUGUAAAAUGGAUGGCCCAACGGGCGCGCCGCAAUUCGAUGCGAAGCGUACAGAGUCCGACUGCUUAG